AUGAUCGCGUACGUCCUGUGCAGAAACGCGUCAUCGGCUGUCCCUAAGGACCGGGAGCUGAGGUCGUUCUUCCAGAACCUCAAGACGAGCUUUAUUGUGGCCGUCACGUUUUUCUUUCUGAGGGGAUGCGCGUCCCCCACAAUGGGCUUUAUCCAGGCCCAGCAGGAGCUCACGAUCCUCACCAUCGUCAUCCCCAUCCUCUACGUGGCCCUGUACACCACCGUCAACGCCGCCCUACAGAUGUCCGUCGGCCUUGUCGUCGUCGGAGGGCCUGUGGCAAUGUUUGUGUCGGUGAAGCUGUGCCAGUCUAGCGGGUUCGGGGGUCCGGGAACGUUCGUGGUUGUGUUCCUGCACAUGUUCAUAAAGCUCCUGCAGCUGUUCGGGGACGACGACUUCGCCGACUCGGAAAGGGACGGCUACGACGAGGACGACGCCCGAGGCCGGCCAUCCGUGUCCGCCCCCGGCACGCCCCGCGUCAGCAGGUCCCCCUGCGCCCUGCCCUCCUUGCCGCCGUACCCGACCAUCGCCGUCGCCGCCGAUGUGGCCGUCGCUGCUGCCGUCAUCGGUAACGGUAACGGUAACGGUAACGGCGGCGUCGAGGGAGAGGCGGACGCUGGCAGCGACGACGAUGUGUCGUCCUGUGAAGCGGAGGAAGAAGGGGGAAUUGGAGGCGACGCAGAUGGUAGUCAUGCCGCUGGUGGCGGUGUCGAUGCCAACAGCGGGAGGGCGACGCCUUCUGAACGCAGCCGACGGGGUAUGACACCGGCGGCGGCACCACCGAGGGGCCGGAAGAGCCUAGACCACGGCGGAGACGACGGCGAUACCACUUGUACAAGCGAGGAGUUCCGGUUACCGCCGCCAACGGUGGCACCGCAUCAGCCGCCAUUUGGGCAGCAGGCGCAGGACACAGAGGGGCGGGGUGGCGCCGCCGCCGCCGCCGCCCGCAAGUCGAGGGCAUCGUCGGCGUCCCCGUCGUUCCUCUCCGCUUCGGCACGGCGUCAGUUUAACCCCAUCCACGCGUCGCUGUUGCCGUCGGCGGUGUCGGGAGUUCCAAGCACCGGCGGCGGCGGCAGCGGUGAUGGCCGUACGGGUGGCAGCGUAGAACAGAGGCAGCGGCAACGGCAACGGCCCCCGGUGAGGAGCUGGAAGAGCGAGCGGCCCUUGUACCGACGGUCCAUGUCGGGUACGAGAGGCGGCAGGGAAGACAGCGAGACCUCCGACCCCGCUGUUCGCGACGGCCGCAAUGCAUCGUUGUCCGCGUUAGGGGACGUGAAGAGUGGCGACGGCGUCGGAGGCGCGACGGACUGGGGGCAGUUCGGAGGCGGCGGGGCGGGGGGCAGGUAUGAGCCCGGCUGUCAAUACACCGGGGCGAAAGAGGGAGGUGGCGAGGGGGGAGAGGGAUCGACGGAGCCGUCGUGCAAGAGGCGCAUUAGAAGACGAUGUUUGAGCGUGGACGACCUCCAGUUCUUGUCGAGCCGAAGGAGGAACGAAGCGUGGACCGCCGACUGGGAGCACUUGACAGGCCGGAGAAACACUUUCGACCGCAAAGGCGUCGGCAACGGUCGAUCAGCAGCGGGAGAGGGUGGCAACGAACAGAACGGCGGUCCUCGUCUUGGCCGCAGCACCAGCAGCGACACCGCCAAGCGAAACGGCACCCAAGGCACCGCCGACGUCCUCGACAGCAACAACUACUACGAACCACACUACCUGAGACCCGCGUGGAUGCGGUCGGGCGUGGCCUCGGGGGUGGCGAGCAGCCUGGCCGCGGCGAUGGAGACCAACAGCAACGCGCAGUUCGUGUUCAAGGGCACCAUGCGCGGCGGGUGCGCGCUCCUGGCGAUCCUGAGCCUGUUCCUGGCGUCCUGCCAGAUCAUCAGCCUCCUGCAGGAGCAGCACGAGUGGUAUCCCAGCCUGAUCAAGUACUCCGUGACGGAUUCGAAACAGCUGGUGGUGGACAACGCCUUCGUGGUGAAGGCCACGCUGGAGACCACAGGGGAUCCGGUCAUCGUGCCGCCCAAGUACGCCUCGUGCGGAUCGAAGUGGCAUGGGCUGAGCCUCCUUGACUACGCCCUGCUCGCGGAGCUCGCGUACUUCGACCAGCAUGACGACAAGGUGCCAUUGUCUGAGGUAGCAAAGCAGUUUUUCCCACCGGGAAAGCACGGGCCCGACUUCAAGAUCAAGGUGAAACAAGGCGACGAUCUGCACAGCCACGCGCAGUUCUUCGAGGCGUACUCGGCCAAGCUCAACGUUUCCGUGGUGGCCAUCAGGGGCACCGACGUCGGGCGUAUCUCGGACCUCAUCGAGGACAUCAAGAUCUGGGUGGAGCCGAUCGUGCUCAAGGGGCUGUCCAUGGUGUUCCCGACGAUUAGGAUAUGGCCCGACUCUACCUCGUCCGUGGUGAUAGAGUGGCUGCACGAGACGCUUCAGCUGUUCGGCUUGCAGCAGCAGGCGCACUACUACCGGCCGUUGCUGGAGUACGUCCGAGCCAUCGAAGGAAGGAACGUCGUUCUCACGGGGCACAGUCUUGGCGGGGGGCUCGCUCGCAUAGUCGGCGCGCUGGAGAAGGCGACGUCCAUCUGCUUCUCGCCCCCCGGCAUCGCGCAGAGCUACCGCAAGUUCUCGGUCGGGGCGGGGGCGCUGGACCGCGCGCUGCUCCACCAGAUGAGCGUCAGCAUCAUCCCGGAGUACGACUUCGUGCCCAUGAUCGACACCCAGGUGGGGCUGAUCCAGCUGAUAUCGUGCGACACUGCGGGGAAAGCGCUCCAGCUGAGCUGCCACAUGCUCGAGGGCACCAUCUGCGACAUCAUCCGCCACUGCGGUGAUGACCGGGGGCGCUUCACGAACUGCAAGUUCGAGUACAACAUGUCCCACCUGGUGCCGCAGAUGCUCAUCCUGCUGCAAGGGCGCUGGGUGUGGAUCGGGGCGCUGCUGCUCCUCACCGGGGUGGCCGCCAUGCUCCUCUUCGUGUCAGAGUUCGUGACGUACACCAAGUCGUCCCUGCCUCUCCUGGACGAGCCGGGCAAGAUGAUGGUACAUAGUUAGAGGGGACGGACGAUCGAGACCGAAAAAUGUAAAUGCAUAUACGUACCGCCAUUGUUGGCUGCUGUGUCUUAAGAAACCACUGGCAUCGGAUGCUGGAGUCACUGUACCCCACCACGCGCGAAGUCGGUGGGGCCCCCGCCACAGAGAUGCGUCUACCCUGCGCCAUAUGUGUGCGUUAUCCUCGAUCGGGGAUGCGAAAAGUUUAUCCUUCCGGACACCGCUGGUUUUAUCCGCACAUAGUGCGCGGGGGCCGCCGAGGGGGCUCCGUGAGGGCAAUACUUGGGUGUGAGGGGGGUAAAGUAUCGCAGCAAAAGAGAAAGAUAGUGCUGUCUUGUUGGCAAAGAAAGGAGGAGGGAGGUGUAGUGGCUGUUGUAGUCCCCGUUUCCUUCAAGUCAGGUAAAGCACGUCUCGUGUGCAUGUAUGUCCGUGUUGCCCUUCGUGUACGAUACGAAUGUCGGUGUUUUUUUUUUUUCAUUUCGGUUGAGUCAGGCGACCUCCGCGUGUGGGUGGUGCCGUUUCAAAGAGAGGUUUUGUUCAGCGGAGGUGAUGGUGCGCACCACGGCUCGUUCAUUGCAUGCGACUGGGCCGCAAUACCGUGGUAGACCCGCGACUCGAAUUUUGUGUAUUCUUGUGGAAUGGUGUCGUGUGAGUGCCGUGCGGCGCAAAUAUGGGGCGGGGUUGGUGGUGGCACUUAGAACGGUGUCGCCCGCAGCUUGCCAAGGGUAGGCGCAUCCGCGUCGCUCGGUUCGGGUCUGCUUCUCGACUCCACCCCCACCCUCUCCGUUUGUGUCGGUUGUCGUUGAGAGAUGGAGCUCUUCUUGACCGGCCGAGGUGGAACGUACGUAGUAGCGAUAGAUAUACGUGAGACCGGUGCAGCUAGCUGCUAGACAUGGGGCGUGUCGCCCGCAACGAUACACGCCUCUUCCCCCCUCGUGACGGAAAAAACGAGCUGCCUUUGCGGGCCUUGUUUGUAUCUCUUGGCGACGCCUCUUUCUUGUGCAUCGACUCUGGGUGGCUCGCGGAUUUGACCAUCAUGUAGAGAGAGAACACCGAGCUCAACUGUGGGUUCCGUUGAUGAGCGGCAAGACCUUCCUUUUUUUUGUAAGCACGAAGAAGGUUGUUUGUUACGCGUGGCACAAACGGACGUGCUUUUUCAGGGGAGGCGUUUUGGGCAGUUUCGCACCGCACAGCCUUGGAUUUUGUACGAUGAGGCACCCUCUCUCACUCCUGUCUCGGAUAGAAGGAGAGCGAACCAGAUUGAUUGAUUGAUUGAUUGAUUGAUUGAUUGAUUGAUUGAUAGACAUCCUUCAUACGAUGGGUGGCGAGUUACUCCUCUCUCGCGUUCGUUCG